GUCAGCCUCGUCAUGCCAAUUCAACGAGGCCUCCACUGCAGACUCGACAGUCCUGUGGCCCGACGAUCAACGAAUACAGCACAAACAGGCCUACCCGUCUGUCACUCUGUGGCUUCGGUCUUGCUGCAUACAACAUAACUGUGAACUGUUCUCAGGUCAAUACAACACUCUCAUAGAUACUCCGCACUCGACAAUUACUAUCAGUCUAAAUGUCUUCUCUUUCCACCAAGAUACCAAGGUAUCUCCUUGCGACUGUCAUCCUGCUAGGUGGCUUCUCCCGCUUCACUCAUGGCGUAUACACUCCUCAAUACUAUGCUUUCCAGGAAUACCACGCACGAGACGACGGCUCGACGACAGCUCAAAUUGUCCCCAUCAUCGACACCUUGAUUGGUCUGAGUCUCCUACUUGGAACUCACGCACUCAGGCUCGGCGCCGCUGUCUCAUCCUUGUUAUUCGUAUCUAUCGGCUUGGCCAUGCAGAUGCAGGCAGGCAAAAGCUAUGGCGCGGAUAUCGCAUUGGUCGCUCUGGCGGCCGUUGCGGUCGUCAGCUUGGUUGGCAGGUAGAGAGCGUUGGAUGGGUAUCACUCGAGGACAUCAAAAGCAUUGGGACUAAAAACAACUACUGGAUGAGUAGUCCUCUUUCAUGCGAUAGUGAGCAAAGAGUACUUGACUUGAAUUUUCCUGAUGGGUGCCGUGCACGCGCAAAGCCUGACUCCAAAUAUCACAAGAGAAGAACGACAUCCCCUCCCUUCAGAGUAGAGCUGUAGACACUUGCCAUCUCAUAUCUGCAUCAUUGGCACUGAUUUCGACGACGCUGAGAUCGAAGAGGCGAAGAGCCCAUUACCAACGUCCCGGAGGCAGGCCAUUGUAGGCUCAACUUUUGCCCCAAAAGGAAGAGAGUUU